CACUGUCCCACUGCCAUGGAACCAUGGACAUUCGGUCCUGGUGUGAUUGUCCCGGUACACCAUAGAUACGCCCAUGAUUGGGCUGCAGUUCCAAAAACUCAUCGAGGUUACGGCAGAAAGGGGUCCGGUGUCUCCAAAUGGACUGCAGUUGGCCUCGGAGUUAGCUUUCUGUCUGGCACCCGGGUUCGGAGCCGGCGAAGGGCAGUGAGGGAUAUCAGCAAUGGCAUCCCAGAUCUGAAAAAUGCGGAUCCCGAGAUCAGCACGCUGAUCAUCAAGGAGUGGAAACGUCAAAGUGGGAGUAUCAACCUCAUCGCCUCCGAAAAUUUCGCCUCACCUUAUGUCUUUGAGAUCUUAGGCUCAGUGCUGAACAACAAGUAUUCUGAAGGCUUGCCAGGUGCAAGGUACUAUGGAGGGAACUUUUUCAUUGAUGAUUUGGAAAGACUUUGCAAAGAUCGAGCUUUGAAAGCUUUCAAUCUGUCACCUGAGUUGUGGUCUGUGAAUGUUCAGCCGUAUUCCGGAUCUCCUGCGAAUUUUGCAGUGUACACUGCACUCCUGGAACCGCAUGACCGAAUCAUGGGGAUGAGCCUGCUUGCAGGGGGCCAUUUGACACAUGGGCACUACACAAGUGCACGCAAGGUUUCGGCAACCUCCAUCUACUUCGAGAGUUUGCCUUAUGGUGUUGAUCAGACAACAGGUCUCAUUGAUUAUGAUGCCUUGCGCGAGACUGCACGGGCUUUCCGGCCGCGGUUGAUCAUUGCAGGGGCUUCGGCAUAUCCACGGCACAUUGACUGGGCAGCUUUUCGAGAGGUCUGCGAUGAAGUUGGUGCCUAUUUGAUGGUGGAUAUGGCGCAUAUCAGCGGAUUGGUAGCCACUGAACAGCACCCUUCGCCUUUUCCUUAUGCAGAUGUCGUCACAACCACCACUCACAAGACCCUGCGAGGGCCUCGCGGUGGGAUGAUUUUUUGUCGCAAGGAGCUGGAGCAGAAGAUUGACAAUGCGGUGUUUCCUGCACUUCAAGGCGGCCCUCACAACGCUACGAUUGGUGCAUUGGCCUUUCAACUUCGCGAGGUUGCUGGCCCCGAGUUCCGUGAGUAUUGUGAACGGGUGGUGGCAAACUGCCAAGCUUUGAGCUCCUACUUGUCAGAGCAUGGCGCCAAGCUCGUGACAGGAGGCACAGACAACCAUUUGCUGCUCUGGGAUUUGAAAUCCGAAGGUUUGUCUGGUGCCAAGAUGGAGAAAGUUUGUGAGGAGGCCUCCAUCAUUGUGAACAGAAACACCAUCGCCUCAGACGCCUCUCCGAUUUCACCUGGAGGGGUGCGCCUGGGAAGUUGCGCCAUGACAACUCGCAUGGUGGAUGAGGAGGGCUUCAAAAAGAUUGGAGCUUUCCUGAUCCGCGCGCGGGAUAUUGCCACAGGCAUCCAAAAGAGGUCGGGCAAAAAGCUUGCAAAGUUCUUAGCGGCUUUGCAUGAUCAAGACUUACCUGAGCGGGAGGCUUUGACACAACUUCAAGAAGAAGUGGAGUCUUGGGCCUCUGCAUUGUACUUCCCCAACUAAGCCAAGACUGAGCUAACUUGCCUAGUUGCCUGCAGAGCACCUAGGGAACCCGGGGCACCUUGUUUGAAAAGCUGCUGUGGGUCAAAUCUACCUGCCACCGAGUGACACAGGCACUGGGGUUCUAGUGUAGUUGUUGCUUGGCCUUUGUGUGGGGCCCUGAGCUAAG